GCUGUCAGAGCCAUUAAAUGCUCAGAGAUUGAGUGUGCUGUUUACUGCUGUUAACUGCACUUAACUAUGAAAGUCUUUGACCAGCAGUGUAGUGAGAGGAACUGACAUGUUUCCAUGGGUGCAGUCGUUGCUAUGGACACCCUAUUGAUGGCUCAGUACAGUAAAUCAGGAUUUUCCAUACAGCAUCUUAUUCAAUGACAUGUUGUUACAAACUAAAGGAACCAAUAACAGUUUUUACAGUGGAAACUGGGCAGCUAUACCCAGCCAGAGCUCUAUUUGUCAGGACUGCCCAAGACCCACAGUGACAAGGCCUGCCUGUGUCCUGAGAUUUAUUAUUGACAAAGCAUUGAGUGCUGCGACUUCACCUCCUUCUUUGGAAUCAGAAAACCUUCUUCUCUGACUUACAGGGUAGAUACUGCGCAAUCGUCGCAGAGAGAGAUCAACAAGAAUGCUCAGUGCUUCAGAACAAGAUGGUGUUGAUGAUUCUGACUGUUUUUCUGAGUGAUAAUCAACAGUUGCUGACUGAGGUGCCCAUUACUCCAGAGACGCUCUGUAAGGAUGUGGUGGAAUUCUGUAAGGAGGCUGGGGAGAGCGGCUGCCACCUCGCUGAGGUCUGGAGAGGCAAAGAGAGAGCGAUCCCUUUUGAUCAGCUGAUGUUCGAGCACCUACAGAAAUGGGGUCAGAGGAGACAGGAAGUGAAGUUUUACUUGCGGCACGAGGAGUCUCUCAUCGCGAAAUUUUCUCAAGCAGGAAGUCAGACUUCAGAACAGGCCGACAGGAAGAGCAGGGGGAGCUCGGACAAGCCCUGCGAGAAUGGGGUGGGGAAUCCACGUGUGGAGUUAACACUGUCAGAGCUGCAGGAGAUGGCAAUGCGACAGCAGCAGCAGAUCGAAACACAGCAGCAGAUGUUGAUAGCUAAGGAGCAACGAUUGCGGUAUCUGAAGCAACAGGACCCACGUCAGGGCCAGUCCGUGUCUGAGAGUGAGAAGCUCCAGAGGUUGAGGGAAAGAGUAGACAGUCAAGAAGCCAAACUCAAGAAAGUCCGUGCGAUGAGGGGCCAAGUGGACUACAGCAAACUCAUCAACGGCAACCUGUCUGCAGAAAUUGAGCAUGUUAGUAGCCUGUUCCAGGAAAAGCAGGCAGAGCUGCAGUCGGCCAUGGUCAAGGUGGACCAGCUCACACAGCAGCUAGACGAUCUGCGACGGGGGCGUCUCAAUGGACUGCAGCCUCUGGGGGGACCAGUGACCAGUAAUGCUGCUCUGGAACUCCGCAAACUCUACCAGGAACUGCAGAUCCGGAACAAGCUAAAUCAGGAACAGAACAGCAAGCUACAGCAACACAAGGAUAUGCUUAACAAGCGUAACAUGGAGGUGACCAUGAUGGACAAGCGUAUUGGGGACCUCAGAGAGCGUCUCUACAAGAAAAAAGCAGAGCUUGGCCGAAUGAGUGGUCCUCCCUCCCCCCAGGCCACCCCAGGCAGUUCCGGGCGGGUGGCAGCAGUCUGUCCCUACAUCCAGAUACCGGUGCCUGGGCGCCAGGAAGGAGGCUACUCUUUACCUCCUGAUCCCCUGAAGCCACAGUCUCUCUCCAGUCCUGCUACAGUCAACCAUGCUCGUUCCAAGUCAGAGGAAGAGAGGGUGAGGAUGCCUGCAGGCCCAUGGAAGGUCUCAGACUUAGACAUCAUAGUGGAUCCUCUGGUGCCAUCCUCAGAGCCUAGAGAUGGGCCAGAGGCCCCCACAGACUCCGACUGUACUUCUACUAAUGAUGCAGUCUGGCCCUCGUUCAGCAAUAGGGUUCCUCUAAAACCUCCAGACUGGAAGGACACAAGUCAAGAUCAUACCAGCAAGAUGGGUACCUCAGACAAGGAUGCCCCUAAGCUGUUAGGGACAGUAACAGCAUUGUCUAAGCAGCCUCCACCCAUCUAUGGAACCUAUCCCAGUGCAGGCCAUCACUCCACAGUUUGUGCCACCAGCUCUUUGCCCCGCUCUGCUCCUGGCACCUUAGGCUGGCAAAGAACACCCCCUGCCUCUGGUUCCUCUUCACAGCAGAUCCAACAGCGGAUAACAGUGCCUCCCAGCCCUACGCCUCAGUCUGGAUCAGCCCUCUUCCCUCAGAGUGAGAGGACAGAGCCUCCUCUAGCUGUGGCAGUGCGUCCCUUUAUUCCAGACAGAGGGUCCCGGCCCCAGUCUCCAAGGAAGGGCCCUGCCACUAUGAACUCCAGCUCAAUCUACAAUAUGUAUCUGCAGCAGCCUACAGCCAAAAAUUACUCCAGCAGCAGCAGAGCUGCUGUUAAAGCAGUAUACGGAAAACCAGUCCUACCGGGCUCCACCUCUCCAUCUCCAGUUCCACUCUACCAGCAGUCCUCCACAGAUGAGGUCGACAGGGAGGCAGCCCAUGAGAGCACUCCCUUACCUCCACCCAGUGUGGAGAACAUCCCUCGCCCUCUCAGCCCUACCAAACUGACCCCUGUGGCCCACUCCCCUCUCCGUUACCAAAGUGACAUUGACCUGGAGGUGCUGAGAAGGAAAUUAGCCAAUGCUCCCCGACCUUUGAAGAAGCGAAGCUCCAUCACAGAACCAGAAGGACCCAGUGGGCCUAACAUCCAGAAGCUCCUAUAUCAGCGCUUCAACACCCUUGCAGGGGGCAUUGAGAGUGGAGUGGGUGGUACACCUUUCUACCAGCCUGACAGUCCUCUGAACUAUAUGGCCACAGCCCUGGGUGAUGUGGACACUGCCAAUGGGAAUGUGAUGGAGUCAAGCAUGUUAGCAGAGCCUUCAGCAGAGCCGUCAAUCUCAAUCCCUCCUCCCACCUCUUCUGUGUCACCUACAGCUGAUGACAAUGAGAACCAGCCGACACAUCUAUCUAGUGACUCAGGGGGUGCCCAGUCGGAUGAUGGAUCAGAACCUUCUCCUAAGGACACCCAUGAGGACAAUCAUAACAACAACCACACAAAUGUUACAGACACACAAUCUAGUCCAGUACCAGAAGCUCAUUCCCCUGCAGAGCAGGACACCACAGCACAGUCAGGCACUCCUCCUAGUGCAUCUACGGUAAAGCGCACCAAUUUGAAGAAGCCUGGCUCUGAGAGGACAGGUCAUGGCUUGAGGGUCAAGUUCAAUCCUCUUGCAUUGCUUUUGGAUGCAUCUUUGGAGGGCGAGUUUGAUUUGGUGCAAAGGAUUAUCUACGAGGUGGACAAUCCUAGCACUCCAAAUGAUGAGGGUAUUACCCCUCUCCAUAAUGCGGUUUGUGCAGGUCACCACCAUAUUGUAAAAUUCCUGCUGGACUUUGGGGUCAAUGUCAAUGCAGCAGAUAGUGAUGGAUGGACGCCCCUGCACUGUGCAGCUUCAUGCAACAAUGUUCAUCUUUGCAAGUUGCUGGUGGAGUCUGGAGCUGCCAUUUUUGCCACUACUAUCAGUGAUGUGGAGACAGCAGCAGACAAGUGCGAAGAGAUGGAGGAGGGUUAUAUCCAGUGCUCUCAGUUUCUAUAUGGUGUACAGGAGAAGCUUGGUGUAAUGAAUAAAGGGACAGUUUAUGCUCUGUGGGACUAUGAAGCUCAGAGUGCAGAUGAGGUGUCCUUCCAUGAGGGCGAUGCUCUCACAAUCAUGAGCCGUAGAGAUGACAGCGAGACAGAGUGGUGGUGGGCCAGACUUAAUGACAAGGAGGGCUACGUACCACGCAACUUGUUAGGGCUGUACCCAAGGAUCAAACCCAGGCAACGUUCCUUGGCAUAGGUGGCCAGAAGAGACAGCGCAAGUUCCUGAAACAGCAGUUGGCAUGAAGCUGCGGGAUGGCGCUCUGCCCUAUCUUUGCCAUCACCACAACACAGAGCCCACCUGGGUGGCGAGAUGUUGGAGCACGUCUGGUGUUGGACAAGAGGGAAUAACCGAAGAGUGGGCAAUUCAGUGGUCUUUUCCGUUUGCAUCCCAGAUUUUAUUCGUCACUUUGAUGUGUUGUUUUUGCAGUAUCCCUCUUACCCAUAUAUCUGUUGAGGAACAUGUUAGCUUUUCUGAACUCUUCCACAGUGCAAACCUCCUGAGUAUAUGUGCGUGUGUGAGUGUUUCAGAAUGGGAUGUUACUGUCAGAGUGGGACGUGGAUGUGAUAAGAGUUGGUGACAGAGUAUGCAGUCUUGAAUUCCAGUGUUUCAUGCUCUGUGGUUAUUAUCAGGCGAAGAGGAAACUGAAGGGACUGAUGUUUCAUUUCCCACGGUUAGGAAGUUGCUGAUUAAGGGAAAAGGAAGGAAAGUGCUGGAAAGUGUUUAGAAGAGACCUUGAGGCUGGUCAAGCUAUUGAUGGAUAAUAAGGAAGUGGCCUGGUAUGGAAACAUGUAUAUUUUUAUGUGUGGAGAAUCAUGUGGGCUGAUGGAGGUGAAACUGUGUAGUCAGUUUUAAAAGGAUGCUGAAAGAAAACUGAUGCCAUAAAAACUAAUGCUGUGGCUGUUUUCCCAUCAACCAGGGGAUAUUGACAACAUAUCACAUAAAACCUAUAUUACUAUGCUUUAUUUAAGUUGGGCUUGAUUUUUUUUUUUUUUUUUUUUUUUUAUGCUACAUGAUAUUUUCCCUCUUUAAAGGUUGUUUAUUUAAUGAAAAUUGAAAAAAAAUUCUUUAAACAGCUUGAUAUAGACUUUUAUGGCUGUCAAAACAGGCAGGCAAAACGUCUGCCUUGUGUUUGUGCUGCCAUACGAGAGCCAUUUAUGCAAUGUCAUGUAUAUGUGCACAAUAAAAUUUCCACAUUGGGACAAAGUCA